GAGAAUCCUUGAAGCUUUAGAGAAGAAUCCAAUAGGAAGGAAUAAAGAGAGUCGUUGCCUCAAAAGAAAGCAUAACUUGAAUCAUGUCAUGAGAAAAGGCAUAUAGUUGGAAAGAAGGAAAAAUGUGAACUGAUGAAAAUUCAUUGCCCUUUACUUUAGGUACAAACUAUCCCCACUGCCUUUUCUUGUUAUAUAUGCAAAAGUUUUUCACUGACAAGGAAAAAAAAGAAAGGACCUGAUUAAACAAUCUCCUUUCUUCUUUUUUCUUUCUCAAUCAUGUCAAUAGUUUCUUUGCCCAUUUAUUUUUUAAUUUUCAUCUUUAUUCCUGCAUUACAAGUUUACUCCAUUGACGUUUUCUACCCGAGUGAGCAAAAUGAUACUCUACAGUCCAUGAUUUCCCAGGUUUGUGCAGAUGUUGAAGAUCGGAAUUCAUGCAUUUCAAACAUACAACUUGAAUUGGAAAGAAGUGGGAGCUCACGGUCGCAUCCAAGUUCUGUCUUGAGUGCUGCAAUUAGAGCGACUCUCAACGAAGCGAGACGAGCCAUAGAAUCCAUAACGAAGUUCAGCACGUUCUCCUUUAGCUACCGUGAAGAAAUGGCUAUUGAGGACUGCAAGGAGCUUCUUGAUUUCUCAGUGUCAGAGCUUGCAUGGUCGUUAGCUGAGAUGAAGAGGAUUCGUGCGGGCGAAAAUGAAGCUCCAGACGAAGGGAACCUAAAAGCGUGGCUUAGUGCUGCUCUCAGCAACCAAGACACUUGCCUUGAAGGCUUUGAGGGCACAGAUAGACACAUCGAAAGCUUCAUUAGAGGAAGUUUGAAGCAAGUUACACUGCUCAUUAGCAAUGUCUUGGCACUUUACACUCAAUUACACAGCACACCGUUUCGACCCCCUCCAAACAAAACGGCACAGAAAAAUGAAAGUUCGGAGUUUCCAGAUUGGAUGAUGGAUAGUGAGCAGGAGCUCGUAAAAUCUCAUCCACAUAGUGUUCACGUUGAUGCAGUCGUCGCUUUAGAUGGAAGCGGAGAUUAUCGUUCAAUUGGAGAAGCUGUAAACGAAGCUCCAAAUUAUAGUAAUAGAAGGUUCAUCAUAUAUGUGAAGAAGGGAGUUUACAAAGAGAAUGUCGAUAUGAAGCGAAAGAAAACCAACAUAAUGUUUAUUGGGGAUGGUAUCGGAGAGACGGUGGUGAUGGGAAGUCGCAAUUUUCUGCAGGGAUGGACUACUUUCAGAACUGCAACUGUUGCUGUUUCUGGGAAGGGAUUCAUAGCAAGAGACAUGUCAUUUCGCAACACGGCUGGACCAGCAAACCAUCAGGCAGUGGCUCUCCGUGUCGACUCUGAUCAAUCAGCCUUCUACCGAUGCAGCUUCGAAGGAUACCAAGACACGCUUUACGUCCACUCUCUACGCCAAUUUUACAGGGAAUGCAACAUAUAUGGCACCAUAGACUACAUCUUCGGCAACGGCGCAGCAGUGUUCCAAAAAUGCAACAUCUACACCAGAGUUCCACUCCCUCUCCAGAAGGUCACGAUCACCGCGCAAGGCCGGAAAUCCCCACAUCAGAGCACAGGUUUUUCGAUCCAAGACAGCUUUGUUUAUGCAACUCAGCCAACUUAUCUUGGAAGGCCAUGGAAGCUAUAUUCAAGGACUGUCUUCUUGAACACUUACAUGAGUGGUCUGGUUCAACCAAGAGGGUGGCUUGAGUGGUAUGGCAAUUUUGCUUUAGGCACAUUGUGGUAUGGAGAAUAUAAGAACUAUGGACCUGGUGCAUCCCUGUCGGGGCGGGUCAAGUGGCCCGGGUACCACGAUAUCCGAGAUGCUGCUGUGGCUAGGUUCUUCACCUCCGAGCACUUCAUCGAUGCCCGAUCAUGGUUGCCGAGGACGGGUGUCAAGUUCACAUUUGGAUUGAGUAAUUAAGUAUUGCUAUUGGAUUGAGUAAUUAAGUAUUGCUAAGUUGUAGGUUUAGGAAUUUGAAUCUUUGGACAUGUUCUUAUUUCCUAUGGUUGAAUAUAAGAAUAUGAUGACUCUAUCAGCAAUUAGUUUUCUUAUAAAA